AUGAAAGAGCACGCCUCUGACAACUUUCUUCACAACGCAUGGUGCGACGCUUCUCAUAGUCCUGAUGAAUUACCAAGGCACGAAGGAAAGCGCAGGUUACUCCUGAUAUACAUCCAUGGCUUUCUAGGGUCAGAGGACAGCUUUUGUAACUUUCCUAGGGAUGUCCACGAUCUCCUUAAGGCCUCGUUGGCUCAAACCCACAUUACAUACACCAAGAUAUACCCCCGCUAUAAGACCAGAGGACCUAUACAUGUUGCCCGCGACGAUAUCAUCCGGUGGUUAUCGCCACACAUGGCUCCAGAUCUGGAUCUCAUACUGCUCGGUCACAGCAUAGGAGGUCUUAUCGCUGCAGACGUUGCACUUGCGCAAUCCUACCCAACUGCUGGCCAUUUUCCGAACAGUGACCUAAACAAUAUAUUUGUCGGCCUAGUGGCCUUUGAUACUCCUUUUCUCGGACUUCACCCGCGCGUCAUUACGACGGCAGCCGGCAGGGUAUUUUGCCGGAAAGCAAAGAAUGACAGUAGGCGGACAUCUCAGAGUACCACGAACAGCCGAAUAGCACACGACGAUCCGACGUUCGACCCAAACUUGACCAACGAUGUCGACAGGAUCCAAUGGAAAGGGUGGAAUGGAGCGCUCAAUUUUCUUGCAAAGCAUUCGGGUCAUUUGUCUCGGUCUGUCCUUCAGUAUGUUUUCUCAUACUAUGAUCAUGUCGGAUGUCUAAACGACUACUUUGGGCUUCUCAGACGACACAAGAAACUUUGCCGUUGGGCGAAGGGCGAUGAAUCUGGUAGACGGGCUGGUUUUGUCAACUAUUACACGACUGCCUGCCCACACAGCGGAACCAUCAGCGGUGAUGAGCACGGGAACAGUAGGCUCUGGAGUGAUAAGCAGUUUACCUGCCACGGAACGUCGCAAAUACACGGCAAUCAUGUACAAGACCGAGACUCUGCGUUAGUGGUGUCUGAUAUACGAGAAAAGGUGCCAGCCAACCGCUCGUCCGAACCACUGUUAGACACAAAAUUUCCUUUCACCAAAAUCGAUACACCGACCUCAUCAAGCUCAAGCUCACGUAAUUCAGGCGAACACGGAGAUAGGCGCAACAAUUCUGAUGACAUCAAACCACGGGGGCGACUGUUCUGCUAUGUCCCAGAAACAGCCCGCAAAAAGCAGCUCUGGGUUUCGCUACGUAUUGAAGGCAUGGAUGAAAUUGCCGCUCACCAGUCCAUGUUUUUUCCUCUCGGCAAGCACUACAACCGAUUUGUUGCCGAUACUGUGGCAAGAAUUGAAAGCUGGCUGUUAUGA